AGGAAGAGGAGUAGAGGAAGAGGAGGGCAGUGACAGUGUUGGAUGUGACCGGCGAGCAGGGCAGGAGACGCCGGAGAGGCUAGCUUGUUUUCCCUUGGAAUACUUGGACUUCUACGUUUUCCACUGUGGAAUAUUGGACUAUAUUCAGGAGGAACAGCAGCUGACAUUUUCCGCUAUGAAUCGUGCCUUCAACAGGAAAAAAGAUAAAUCAUGGAUGCACACCCCCGAGGCCCUGGCCAAGCAUUACAUAGCCUACAAUGCCAAGCUCCUUGGUAACACAGAAGUGGAAGCCCCAAAGGGAACAGAGGUUGUAAAGGAUGCAGUGAGAAAGCUAAAGUUUCAGAGGCAUAUCAAGAAGUCUGAGGGACAGAAAAUUCCAAAAAUUGAACUGCAGAUUUCCAUAUAUGGUGUGAAAAUACUAGACCCCAAGACAAAGGCUGAAGAGAUCACGCUAACCAUCGGCCAGGCUUUUGACUUGGCCUACAAGAAGUUCCUUGAGUCGGGGGGCAAAGAUGUGGAAACCAGAAAGCAGAUUGGAAGUCUGCAGAAAAGGAUUAAAGAACUGGAAACCGAAAACUCAGACCUGAAGAAGCAGCUUCAAGAUCUGGAAGAACAGUUGAUGAUAGCACACGUGCCACCACCGUUAUAUAUAAAUGAAGCUAACGAAGCGUACAUGCUGCAGAGGCCCUCUUCUCUCUUCUGGUGUCACAACAUCAACUCCUGUCUGGAAAUCUCUUCUGUCACACUCACUCCUAUGAGCUCGCCAGAGUCCAACCUCUCUGCUGGACUACUAACUCCUCCGCCUGCCAAACCCACUUUCCUUCCUCCUAAACCUCCUGAGGGAUGCAGCAUCCCGCGACCCCGUGCAGGGAGCAUCUCAAUGAAACCGCAGUCUACAGACAUGUUUGACAUGGUUCCCUUCUCCCCUGUGACCCCGCUGGUGCCAACACAGGUCAGAAAUGGCUGUCCUCCACCACGACCAACCACACUGUCAUCUAAUAUAGGGAAAGACCUGUUUGGUGCAGAGCCGUUUGAUCCGUUCACCUGUGGUGCAGCUGACUUCCCUCCAGAUAUCCAGUCCAAGUUGGAUGAAAUGCAGCGUCAAAGAUGGAGGGGUUCAAAAUGGGACUAACCUUAGAAGGCACGGUCUUCUCUCUGGACCCGCUAGACAGCCGCUGCUGAUGCUCCGACGUUCCGACGUUGUUGUUGUUGGGUUUUUUCCCCGUCUAUUACUUUGACACCGUUUGUACGUAACAAGUGCCAAAAUCUGCUCCACAGUUGAAAUGUCACACUUUUCAUCUUGGGGUUUGUAUAUGAAUUAGCAUUCCGUUUGUUUCUGUUUUGCUUUGUUGGAUAGAUCAAGGUCAACUCAGAUCCAUGAUAGAGAAGACAUAUUUUUGUAAAACUGGAAGAGAUAGUUUUGAGUACAUUUGCUUGCACAGUGCAUGAGAGUUGUAUCUGGUUACGUAUGUCCAAUGUUACGCUCACUUUGUUUAAGUUGUGUAUUCCUGUUGCUAUGCCAGACUCGAGGCGGCCAUGAAAUCAAUGGAAUGUGUCAUUAACCCGCUCAUAACGUCACAUUUUACUCAUCAUCUUACACAUUUUUAUUGUAAAUGAAUGCAGUCCAUCUUUAUUAUUGUUAUUAUUAUACACAUUGUCUUGACUUUCUUUUUAAUAUUGUGAUUUUAAUACAAUUUUUAGUUGCCGUUUAAGAUUGUAGCUGUCUAACUUUCUUGCACCAGAAGGCACUUUUUUUGUAUUUUUACUUUUGGUCUUUGAUUUUUCCCUGUCACACUUAUUAAAGAUAAAGACAUUGCACAAAACUGAUACAAUGCCUUAUUAUGCCAUGUUGUGACUCACAAGCUGGGCCGCCCCUCCCCACAUGCAGAGCACGCGCUGUGCGUAGCGCCCCACGGGGGCAUUCUCCGCAAAUGCGCAAUGGAUGUGCAUCGCCGCCAUGAGGAACAGAACACCAAGUCAUUGUCACGCUUGUUAGGGACACCCUGGUGGUGUAAUGGUACAGCUGCUGCCUUUUAAGGGGGCUUGGGUUCGCUCUCUAUAUUUUCAUUGUUUUUUCUUGAACAAUUACUUUCAGUCCCUAGUGGUGUAAUGGUACAGCUGCUGUCUUUUAAAGAGAAUGUGCAGUUUUGAGCCCAGCCCUAUCAUUUUUUUUUAUUGUGUAAAUUUUUUUCCCAUGUAUGUUUAAUUUUCUAUAUUCCUCAAUGAGUAAGUGCAUUUGCACUCGCAUUCAGAUUUUAUCCACACGCAUUAAAAAUAUGUAAACUAUGUCAGGGCAGUCUGGAACCCAUUUAAGUCGGUCCUUCUUAUUUCGACAAUCCGUCGAAGUCGACCAACUCAUCAAGUCCCGGUCCACCGCGUUCUUCUUACUAAAAUGUGCCCGCGUAAGUCGACAAAAAUUUGUAAAUCCAACGGGGUCCUUGCGGAUUCUACAACAACAACUAACAAAAUGCGCCAAAUUAAAUGUCUUUUUUGUUUGUUAACCACUGGAAGAAUUAUUUAUAGCGACUGUAGACAAAGUGACAAGCAAAUGUGCACGUAAUUGCUAGUUUUGACUUCGGUUAUGUCGACAACCGCUCAUGUCAGAGUCAGUCAGAUGACCUAAACGGAUUUCACUGUAGUGUAUAUACAGUCAUGGAAUAAAUGAUUAGACCUCCCUUGUUUCUUCCGUUUCUUGUUCAUUUUAAUGCCUGAUACAACAAAAAUAGCUCAUAAGAGUUAAUUUUUUUAGCAGUGCAAUGCUGUAGCUAUUCAUGUAAGAACUUAAGUGAUUUUGGUUACUAAGAAAACCAUGGAAGUUGCCACAUAUCAGCUCUUUAAUGAAACUCUUAUGAACUACAUUUGUUAUCAUUAUAUUUGUCCAAACAAAUGUACCUUUAGUUGUACCAGGCAUUGGUAUCGUUUGCACAGAGCUUUAGCAAAUUUGCUACACUGCUGAAUUUGCUGCACCAUGAAGUCAACACUGUGCUGCUCA